AUGGAUGUAGACUCAAACGACAGCAGCAGAGACACCGAUAUAUGCGAGACGAAUGCUCAGCGUUUGAUUGCCGAGAGCGGUGGUCGAUGUAUGAGCACCCAAGCGAUGCAGUCGCUUUAUGACUUUCGACAGAAUAAUUUGCUCUGCGAUGCUGUUCUGAGGCUGGAGGAUGGAGGCGUUUUCCCGAUCCAUCGAGCAAUUUUAUCAGCAUGCAGUCCCUACUUCAGGACAUUGUUCACAACUACGUUGCACUUCCGCGAGAAAACCGACGUUCUUCUGCCUGGUGUCAGCAGCAACAUGAUGAAUCUUCUUCUAGAAUACGCGUAUCUGCGAUCCAUCAACGUGAACAAUGAAAACGUCUGCCAGCUGUUGGUCACCGCGGAUUAUUUGAAUAUUCUCGGCGUAUUGGAGCUCUGCUGCGAGUUUCUCAAACAGAAUCUAGCGCCGGAGAAUUGUAUAUCGGUGAUGAGAUUCGCACGGGAGCAUUUCUGCACGGGACUGGAGAACAGCGCCUAUCGUUACGUCAUGAGACACUUCGUGCAGGUAGCCCAGCGAAGUGAGGAAAUUCUCGAUUUACCGAUCGAAGAGUUAAUGACUUUGAUAGGAGCCGAUGAGCUGAACGUGAAAAGCGAGGACACGGUUUGGGAGCUGGUACUGAAGUGGAUCAAUUUCGAUCCAGAGUCCCGGAAAGAUUACAUAGUCGAUCUGAUGAAGAAUAUCCGUCUUGGCUUAUUGGACACGCAGUUCUUUCUCGAGAACGUAAAGGACCAUCCGUAUGUGACCGGGAACGACGCUUGCCGGCCAAUCAUCAUCGAGACGUUGAAAUUCUUGUACGAUCUCGAGAUCAUUACACAGAAGGACGGGGAAGUGCCCACGCCGAAAAUCGCGAGACCAAGAGUGCCUCACGAGAUACUGUUCGCUAUAGGAGGUUGGAGUGGCAGAACUGCUACGAAUUUCAUAGAAACGUACGACACCAGGGCGGAUCGAUGGGUAAAGGUGCAAGAGGUGGAUCCGAACGGCCCUCGAUCGUACCACGGAACGGCGGUGGUUGGUUUCAAUAUCUAUGUAAUCGGCGGCUUCGACGGGGCGGAUUAUUUUAAUAGCUGUCGUUGUUUCAACGCCGUCAAUAAAGUUUGGAGAGAAGUUGCUCCGAUGAACGCCAGAAGGUGUUACGUAAGCGUCGCUGUACUAAACGAUCUCAUUUAUGCGAUGGGAGGUUACGAUGGAUAUUAUCGUCAAAGUACUGCGGAACGAUACAAUUACAAGACGAAUCAAUGGUCUCUGAUAGCGCCCAUGAAUUGCCAGAGAUCCGAUGCCAGUGCGACCACUUUAAAUGACAAAAUUUAUAUUACGGGCGGCUUCAACGGUCACGAGUGCUUAAAUUCUGCCGAAGUGUACGACCCAAAGUUCAAUCAGUGGACAUUGAUAGCUCCGAUGAGAUCGCGCAGGAGCGGAGUCUCUUGCAUUGCCUAUCACAACCACGUAUACGUAAUUGGGGGUUUCAACGGGAUAUCCAGAAUGUGUAACGGUGAAAAAUACAAUCCUGCCACGGACAUCUGGAGCCCGAUCCCGGAUAUGUAUCAUUCGCGCAGUAAUUUCGCGAUUGAAGUGAUCGACGACAUGAUAUUUGCAAUCGGAGGAUUCAACGGUGUUACUACUAUUUACCACGUGGAAUGUUACGACGAAAAGACAAAUGAAUGGUACGAAGCGACAGACAUGAACGUUUAUCGCUCAGCACUGUCGGCCUGCGUGAUCAUGGGUCUGCCAAACGUGAACGAUUAUAUUCAUAAACACCGCGAACGUCUGAUGGAAGAAAAGCGACAGAAAUUGUUGGCGUUGGAAGUACACCGUAGUCAACAUCAACAGGAUCAGGCGCAACAGAAUCGUGAAAAUUUGCUGGCUAACGAGAUUAUACCAGACCCGCCCCCGUUGCCCCAAAACAGCGACUCGAACAACGAAAAUCGGCAAAAUUGACGGCGCGGGGCAGAUAAUUAUGGAAAAAUAACUUUGAGACUAGAGGCUUCAUGGCCAGUCGGAUGGACGAUACCUGGAACAAAGGAAGAAAAAAAAACGUGUGUUGAAAGUGAUUAAUUAACUUGCGGUUACAUUGAAAGGAAAUGGAAAGAAAAUG